GACAUUUAUCUCUCUCUCUCUCUCCCCGUCUCUCUCUCUCUCAAUCGAGCUCGCCUCCUCCCUCCCUUGUAUUGGCCGCUGGUAAGAUUUCCUUGGUUAGGCCCUCUAUAUUGUUCUACCAAAGCAAGGCUACCCGAUCGCUGAGGAAGGGGAGCCUGCCCGCCUUCGAUCCGAUCCGAGAAUCAUGGUUGUGGAGACCCUAGAGCAUGAUACUACUCAAGACAACGUCAAAGGAACUGAAGGGGACACAAAACAGGGACAGGGGCCUGAGGAACCAGUGAGUUUUGGUUUGGUAGAUAAUUCAAAUGGUGCAAAUGGAGAUGUCAAAGAAGGGGAUCACCUGACCGAUGCAAAUCUUCCAAAGGAUGCUGUGGAUGAGUGGCCUGCUGCAAAAAAAAUUCACACUUUUUAUUUUAUCAGGUACAGGACCAUUGAAGACCCUAAACUUAAGGCAAAAAUUGACCAUGCUGACAAGGAGAUCACAAAGAGUACCCAAUCCAGGCUUCAGAUAACUGAAGCAUUGAAGGCAAAACGGUCUGAAAGAUCAAAUGUGAUUUCACAACUAAAGCCUCUGACUGCUGAGGACAAACAGUACCGUAUGAUUAUGGAUGAAAAGAGAAAGUCGAUGGAACCUCUUCAAGAUGCUCUAGGAAAGCUGCGCAGUGCAAAUAUUGCUGUGAGGGAAAAAGGCGUGGGUUUGUGUUCUUCAGAGGAAGAGCUUAAUGAUCUUAUCUAUAGCUUGCACUACCGUAUGCAGCAUGAGACUCUCACCUUGGUUGAAGAAAAACAGUUGAUUAAAGAGAUUAAACUACUAGAAGGAACAAGAGAAAAAGUUAUUGCUAAUGCUACUGAGAAGGCUAAGAUUCAAGAUUCUUAUGGUCAUAGAGAUGCUAUUCAAGGCCAGGUCAAACUAAUAAAUGAUGACAUUGGCGGAAUAAAAAAGGAGAAACAGGCAGUUCGAAUGAAAAUAAAAGACCUUGAGGAAGAACUGAAGGCCAUAGACGAUGAAAUCAGUUCCUUACAAGAAGAGUUGGAUGUCAUCAAUAAGAAAAGGAAUAAGGCAUAUGAAACUCUUAUUGAGUUGAGAAAAUCUCGUGAUGAAGUGAAUGCUUGUUAUUUCCAAAAUCGUUCCUUGUUAAAUCGUGCAAAGGAUCUUGCUGCAAAGAAGGAUAUAACAUCACUGGAAGACCUAAUGCAUAGUGAGGUAGAGCAAUUUAUGUCCGAGUGGAGUAGUAAUAAAGCCUUCAGAGAAGAUUAUGAGAAGAGAAUAUUGUCAUCACUUGACAGUAGGCAACUGAGUAGGGAUGGACGGAUGAGGAACCCUGAUGAGAAGCCCAUUAUCUCUGAGGCACCGGCGACCAGAGAUGUUGAGAACUUGCCGGCAAAAGUGAAUGCCAAACAAGCAUCGAGUGCUAAAGAAGCGAAGGAAGAUAAACUUGUACCUCCACAGCAGGAUGUUAUUUCUAACAAAAAGGUACAAGACACCAACAUUAAGAAAUCACCUGAGGUAGAAUCCAGAGGAAAGGUGGGAGAUCCUGUGGGCACUGGGGAUAGUUACACCCCUGAGAAAUCUCAGAAGGAGCCUCCAAAACCGACCGAGAAUGAUGUUGCAAAACUCAAGGAGAUCAAGAGAGAAGAGGAGAUUGCAAAAGCUAAGUUGGCCUUGGAGAGGAAAAAGAAGCAAGCUGAAAAAGCAGCAGCAAAGGCAGUCGUAAGAGCCCAAAAGGAAGCUGAAAAGAAACUGAAGGAAAAAGAGAAGAGAGCGAAGAAGAAGGCUGGGGCAUCGGCACCGGCUGAUAGCACGGAUGAGGCUGACGCAGAAGCAAAGGUUUCAGAGCCAGAAGAAGCUACUGUUGAUGCACCAGUUGCGGAGAAAACCAAGGAACAGAAAGAAACUGUCAGGUACAGAAACCGACCAAGGGGUCGAGAUCAGGUUCCAAAGGUCAUUCUGAGGAGGAAAAAACAGCAAUCAUAUUGGAUAUGGGCUGCACCUGCAGCAGCCGUGGCUGCCUUGCUGCUGGUGUCCCUGGGUUACUACUUCAUUGUCGCCAGGAAGCAAGCAUGAAUCAUUUGGUGAGGAUGUGGACCAGUUUUGAAGUUGGGAGAACCAGGAUGAAGAAACACCCUUUUAGUGAGAACUUUAUGUUGUAAGCUCAUGUGACAUAUCUUCAUUCAUCUACAUGCAUCCCAAUCCACUGUGCUUUUAUUUUCUUCAUCUCACCAGAACUGGCAUCUGUUUUCCUUGUUUGCUAAAAACUCAAGUUUGUUUUGAAUAAAAUAAAGUUGCAUGAUGCUGUCA